AUGUCGGAUUCCGACUCUUCCUCGUCCUUAUCCUCGGUCGUCUCGACGGCCGACGAGUCCAUCGCGGAAUCCGUCAACCGCAGCGCGGGAAUCACCAAAUAUUUCAAAAAGGCAGAGAAGUCAGCUCCAGCACCACCAUCCCCCAAACGACCCCCGUCGCCUCCCCAUGAAUACGUUCUAGCUGAUAAUCCGAAUAUUGCCUUCCUGGUGAUGUUCCGCUCGAGAUUCACGGAUGUCUUCCCCAAGUCACUGCCGCAUUACGGACCGCAGGAUAUAGAAAAGGGUGUUGUUGAGCCUACGCCUGGUGACCAGGUUGAGCGUCUGCUUUGUGCUCUGCUUAGCCUAGUACUUAACCGGAAGAAAGACGUCGAGUACGAUCUCCCUUACACCGUUUUACAACACUACGAUUCCCAGUUUGUACAUUGGGGUGAUGCGCGAGCUUUGGUUAUAUUGAAGAGAGGUCACUAUCAACGCGCCCUUGAAGAAGCUGUACAAACACAUCAGUCGCAAUGGCCAAAGGCAUGGCAGGGAAAGAGUCCUCUUGCAAAUGGAGGUGGUUAUAUGACAAUGACUCCAGAGGAAAGGAUCCAAUUGCUUUCGACAUUGACCCUUUGGGCCCUCUCCUCCUCCGAGUCUGUCCAGGCGAAACUCAAAGAAUCCUACAAACAGUCCAGACACGAUGGGGACAGGAACCAACCACUGUCCGUUCAGCCUUGGGGAUCAGAUACCCUUAAAAGGCGAUACUGGCUCAUAGAAGGCUUAGACGACACACACUUCCGACUCUACAGAGAAAGCAACCCAGCUUUGAAGACAAACACCUGGUGGAGUGUAGCUGGCACAAUACCUGAAUUACGAAGUGUCGCUGAGUCGCUAGCAACAGAGAAGUCCCGUGCGUCUCGAGAGCUCAGUCAGAAAAUACUCAACAGCAUCCCACGGUUUGAGAACUCAGAAGAGAAACGCAAACGACGGGACUACCGAAUUGCGCGGAAAGCUGCAUUCGCCCGUCCUGAACCUGGCUUCUCUCUUUACGAGGGUCGAACUCGUGGAAAGAGAAUCAAGUACACAUUUUCCGACGACGAUGAUUUCUCAUCGGGAGCCUUCCCGUCUAGAAGGUCUACUCGCAAUCAAUCACGCGCUUCAUCGCCUCCGGAAAAUGCUGGCCCUACUUUCACCGCCUCUGGCCGCCAGGUCAAGUCCAGAGUAGGUGGCAUUUACGGCCAGACCGUCCUUGGCAAACGGUCUCACGAAGCUACCGACGACGAGCCGUCUAACAACCCUGCUGGCGGGGGAGGCGGUAUGGAAUACGGCAGGUCACGCAGAAGCAUGCGUGGCCUCCAAAGUAACGGCUGGGACGGCCUAACACCCAGCGACGAAGAUAAUAAUACAGAAGGCGACGACGAGGCCUCGAGCGGGAACGACUGGGAUGAAGACGCUGCUGACGACGAAGACGAGGAUGAGGCUGGACUAAGCGAUGCAGACUCAUUCACAGCAGAUUUACAGCUGGAUAGAAACAGAAGUCUGAUUGUUAAACUGAAAUAUGGUAAAGGGAAUGCAGCUAAGACACCUCAGCCAGAGCCCGCACUGCUUCAACCAUUAAAGGAAGAACCGCUGCAUAAUGGCAACUUGCCUACAAGCACAUCUACAGUGAUACCCAUUAAUAGCCAUAUUUUGAACGCUGCUACUGAACCCGCUAGUGAACCCGCAAAGGAACCAGCAAAGGAACCCGCAAAGGAACCAGCAAAAGAGCCUCGUAUAGCCAUUGAGAUGCCACUCAGGCCAGAAGUCCCAAAUGACGGCCUACCGCUUAAGCAGGGCGCUCACACCCCUACUAUCCCUGAAAAGCAAGAGCCCCAAGUCCAACCACCUUCAUACAACGGAGUUGUCUAA